AUGAGGGAGGCGCCUCGAGAAGCUCGGCUUCCAGCUCUACACGUCAACGAUGGAUGCAAGGCGCCUGGUGGUCGAGUACGAGAGCAUCCACAAGCUUCAGAGGAUCUACGACGUCAUCUAUAUGGACGAGAUCCGGAGCGUGCUGUCCACGGCCGUCUGCUACGCUACGAACCGCCUGAACGCCACGCGCCACCUGGACAGGCUGGGGAACUCUGUACCAAAGCGAAGCACACCAUUCUCACGGACGCCGACUCCAACUUGGACUGCGCCGUGGACCUGUUUCGCGACAGCUUGUUCCGGCCGGAGGAUGUCAAGACCAUACGUCUGCCCGAGCCGUUCAUGGAGCGCAAGUUCAAGUUCAUGAGCAAGCCCGCGACGUUCAAGAAAAUGUGCCAAGAUCUGCGCAAUGGUCACCGCGUCGUCGCAUGUGUUGCGUCUGCCAAGAUGCUCAGGGGAUGCAUGAAACACCUGAAAACAUUCAUGGACGAGAGCCUGGUCACGGGAUACUUUGCGGCGGCCGACAACAAGGACGAGCUGUUCGACGUCAACCAGUACUGGGGCAAGUACAAGUUCACCGGGUACACCUCGACCGUGACAGUUUCGCUGGACUUCGCCGAGCCCGUGUACCGGGUCUACAUCUUUCCCAACAAACACUCGUUCCGCCCGCGCGAGGGGUUGCAGGGGUCUGGUAGGUCGAGGGAUGUCAUUACGGGUGAAGUCAUCUUGGCGAUGGAUUCAAACUGUCGGUACAUGCCCCUCGAGCGUGGCUACGACUUCAAGGCAGACUACGAGCGGGAGCUGAAGUUCCUCACCGACAGGCGCGCCGCCGUCACGUCGUUCAACAGCCUGACUGAGAGGGAGCGAGAGCAGGAUGGUUCGUUCACGGAGGAGCUCACGGAGGAAGGGGCUACGUGCACGCCGACCCUGUACACCAAACUAUGGGCGGUCGACCGCGCCGAGCAAGCGCUCAAGCUGCGGGCCUGGUACCCCCAUCUAAUAUGGAUGCUCGAAAAGAAGGGCUACAAGGUCGAGUACGCUGACGAGCUCGAGUACGCCGACGAGCUCGAGUCCGCAGGAGAAGAAGAAGAGACAGCGGAAGGAGAAGAACCCGACGAGGAAGCAGGGAGCGGGAGCGGGGAUGGGGCCGACAUCGUAAGGAAGGUGGCUGUUGCCGCAGACGCAAUCGUCGCACAAGAAAUCGAGGAUAUGGACGGCAUCGACGCCACCGAGCUUGACGAUGAGUGGGAGGAUGUCAUGAACAAGAAGCACACGAGGGACAUGCUGUUACACCAGGAUAAACUCGCCCUCCGCAAGUACCAGGCGCAGAAACACUUCAAGGAUGCGCUGACCGGCCAAGACGUGGCGUUCUUCGAGAAGCACAAGAAGGCCAUCCUGUACCGUAUCCUGGAGCGGGACGCGACGACAGCCGAGCUCUUUGCCAAGAACAAGGAGGAGGUGGAACGUGUUCGGCGCGUCGACAUGGAGGACGUCGUCUCUCAGGACUACAAUGUCAGGACAGCUCUACUAAAGCUAGUCAGGGAUGCUGGAUACGAAGGUUUCGGAGACGACACCACCGAAGUGUGCCUAAAGGAAGCAGGGGAAUCUGCUGAAAUCAAGCUCAGCAUUGGUGCGGUGCAACAGCUCGUUGGCGGAUCGACCAAGAAGAACACCACACUGGCAGGCGUGCUGAAGCCUUGGCUGCUAAAGUACAUGGGCCUGAAGCUGCAUACACGCCGGGAUGGAAGGGGGGAGAAACGGCGCAUGAUGUACCGUGUGAAACCCUGCCCGGACAUCGAGGAGUUUUCGCUGAGGAAGAACACCGUGUAUGACCGCGUGAUGGGGCGCAAGCAGGGCGCUAAAUAUGCACCGCCCGGUCAGGUAAACGAGGGGGGCGGGGCGGGAGCGGAAGCGUUUUGUGGGGAUGGGGCUGGGACAGGAGCGGAAUCGGGGGCUGGGGAUGGGGCUGGAGCGGAAGCGGGGGCUGGAACGGGGAGUGGAGUGGAGGAUCAGAAUAUGGACAUUCGCCAGUUCAUCUCCAUUAAGCGCAAGGCUUCUAGCCAGUAG